UCACACCCGGUCGGAGUCCAGGUGUCCCCGUCACCUACUCUGCUGCCCACAGUGGGGCCUGCUGUCCCUGAACAGGGUCAUCAUGCCUCGCGGGUCAAAGAGCAAGCUCCAUGCCUCUGAGAAACGCCGCCAGGCCCGAGCGAAAAUUCGGGCUUGCGGGGCUGGUCAGGCCAAUGCAGCAGAUGAAAAGGUGGCCAGUCCGACCUCCUCUCCUUCUCAUGAAGGUGCUACUCAGAGUGAGCCUGCUGCCGGGUCAAGAAGCAUGUCCCGGGGCCGUCAGAGAAAACCAACCACCACCAUUAAUUCUCGGGGUCGGUUGGCUAUUCGCCCAAGUGGCAUUUCCCAGGGGCGUCAGAGAACCCCAUCCACCACCUCUAGUUCUGCAAGCACUUCUCCUGAGAGAUCCAAUGAAGGUGCUCACAGUCAACAUGAGCAUAUGGGCUACAACUUCGGCGUGCCAGGGCCCGAGGUUAUCAUGAGGAAGGCCUGCUUGCUGGAGCAGUUCCUGCUGUACAAGUAUAAGAUGAAGCAGCCCAUCAAGAAGGAAGACAUGCUGAAGGUUAUCAACCCAGUGUUCCAAGAUCACUUCACUGAGAUUCUCAAGAAAGCCUCUGAGCGCAUCGAGAUGGUGUUUGCCGCGGAGGUGAAGGAAGUCGAUUCGGUGAAUUAUUCCUAUGAUCUUGUCAGCAAGUUGAAGCUCCCCAACAAUGGAAGAGUGCGUGCUGGCCGGGGGCUACCCAAGACCGGUCUCCUGAUGAAUAUCCUGGGUAUGAUCUGCAUGAAGGGCAACUGUGCCAAGGAGGAAGACAUCUGGCAGUUCCUGGCUAUGAUGCACGUAUAUGCCGGGAGGAAGCACUUCAUCUACGGUGAGCCCAGGAAGCUCAUCACCAAAGAUUUGGUGAGGCUGAAGUAUCUAGAGUACCGCCAGGUGGCCAACAGCGAUCCCCCCUGCUUUGAGUUCCUGUGGGGUCCAAAAGCCCAUGCUGAAACCAGCAAGAUGCAAGUCCUUAAGUUUUUGGCCAAGGUCAAUGAAACCUCCCCUAGCACUUUCCGAGCCCUCUAUGAAGAAGCUUUGAAAGAUGAGAAAGAGAAAGCCUUAGCAGUAGAUGUAGCCAGUGCUGGCACUAUUGCCAAAGCCAGUGCCCCACCCAGGGCCAGUAUACCUAGAAGUAUCUUCCCAUCCUUGUGAAAGUGUGGGGUGGUGGUGGUUGUUUUUGUUGUUGUUGUUUAUCAAUAGGGAGUGUAUACUUGGAAUUGUGAAAGAGUUUCCUAGUAAAAGUGUUGGGAGUAUGGAAUAGGAAAAAAAAAACAAACACAUCAAUGUUGGUUUUACCUGUGCCUUUUUGUCUUUAGCUUUGUAAACUUUAACGACUUGCACUUUGAGUUUCUUUGCUUAUUCAAGAGUGUUGGAGAAAUUGAAUCUUAUUAAACUGGC